AUGGGUGGUGUGACAUCGUCAAUGGCGGCGAAGUUCGCGUUUUUUCCGCCAACUCCACCGUCGUAUAGGGUAGUGGAGGGCGGCGAAUCCAAGCUGAAGAUGACUGAUGUCCAUGAGAGAGACAACGUCGAUAUUUUGAAGCUGAAGACCAAGAGGGGAACAGAGAUUGUAGCGUUGUAUGUUAAAAACCCGGCGGCGGCGUUAACAGUACUUUACUCUCACGGCAACGCCGCUGAUCUGGGUCAGAUGUACGAUUUGUUCUGCGAACUCAGUCUUCACCUUCGAGUCAACUUACUGGGGUACGACUACACCGGAUACGGGAGGUCCUCCGGCAAGCCAACUGAACACAACACCUACGCCGACAUAGAAGCUGCAUACAGAUGUCUCGUAGAAACCUACAAUCUUAAAGAAGAAGACGUAAUAUUAUACGGACAAUCUGUCGGCAGUGGGCCCACGUUAGAUUUAGCAUCAAGGUUAUCAAGAUUAAGAGCUGUCGUUCUUCACAGCCCAAUCUUAUCUGGACUUAGAGUCAUGUACCCUGUAAAACGAACAUAUUGGUUUGAUAUAUACAAGAAUAUCGACAAGAUAAAAUUAGUCCGGUGUCCCAUUUUGGUAAUCCAUGGAACUGCGGAUGAUGUUGUGGAUUGUUCACAUGGAAAGCAAUUAUGGGAGCUUUGUGUAGAGAAAUAUGAACCUUUAUGGGUAAAAGGUGGGAAUCAUUGUGAUUUGGAAUUAUUCCCCGAGUACAUAAGACAUCUUAAAAAGUUUAUAUCCGCUGUUGAAAAGUCAAACCGUUUGAAAAUUAUAUCCGGGUCAACCACGGAUCAUGGUGACAAGCAUCGCGUCAGUACAGAUUGUAGAGAUAAACCGCGACAAAGCAUGGAUCGAGUUGACCACACGAGAACCAGUACGGAUAGGAGAGAGAAAUCGCGGUCGAGUGUUGACCGGAGAGAAAAGUCAAAGAAGGGUGUCGGUGCGGAAAGUGUGACGGUUGGCGUUGACCAACAGGAGAAAGCAAGGAACAGUAUAGACCGGUUUGGAGGUAUGAUGAGAUCGGCUGUUCUGUGCAAUAUUGAUUGUUUCAGGCCGAAUGGAGCAACUGGGGUAGGAAAGUCGUAACGGAUAAAUUGUGAAGUUUAUUUACUUGCAGAAAUUUGAUGGAGUAGUCAGAUGAUGUAUUUAUUUAUUGGGUUAAACCAACAUAAAUGCUCAUGUUUUCUUGUAUCUAUAUCGGUAUUGCGGUAACGAGUUUUUUUUUUUUUUUUUUUUUUU